ACCAAACAAAGCGAAUAAAAAAUAUAUUUUUUAAUAUGUACAUAAAUGCUAAAUAAAUAACGCAAGCAAAUCUACGCUCGUCUAUUUGUAUAUAUAUAUAUAAAUAAAUACAAACACACACACACAUACACAUACAUACAUACAUGCGUAUAUGUAUAUAUAGAUGAACGCGAUCGCGUGUAGUUGAAAUAAAGGCCAAAUCGAAGCGAGCGAAACUUUGGAUUAUACGAGUAUACGAGCACAGCAUUAAUUGGAUAUAUCUCUAUAUAUAUUAUAUAUAAAUAUAUAUAUAUAAAUAUAUUCACGACUCAGACAAAUUUGUUGGAUUACAACAUUUCUAUAUAUUGGAUUUAAACGGAUUGCUUUUGAAAAUCAAUAAAGCAAUCGGGCGACGGAACGUGCUAGGAUGAAGGCAAAUCGAGCCGAUUUUGGUCACAGCAAUUACCUCAAGCUCUUUUGAGAGCUGAGCAGCAGAGGCAGACAGAUAGACGGACGGAUAGACCGGCAGGCAGCCAAGCAGAGCUCGGCUGGUGUUUGGAAUUUUGGUUUUUCGCUACACUACAUGGAUCGCAGAAAUGGCGGCGAUCCCUUGGCGCCACCACGGCCCCCGAAGCUCCAACCGCGUGUGCAUCGACCAAGGGCGCCGGAGCCAACAGCGCUAGGUGGUGGCAGCAGCAGCAGCAGCAGCAGCAAUCAGCAACAACUGAGUAUUAGCACAACAACAACAGCAACAACCGCAUCGACUAUAAACAACAACAACAACAACAACAACAACAACAUUAUAUCCAUAAUACCCACAACGGCCGACUUCGACGACUAUCAGAUCCAUCAUCUGACAUUUCUGCCGCAGCGACCGAGCAGCCUCAGUCGCAACAGCAGCAACGCCUCCUCCUCGACGGCCACGGCGAACAGCAGCGCUGGUUCGAGUUCCAGUUUCACGCGUCGACGACCGCCAGCGCCGCUGCUAACGAACAACAACAGCAACAUAAGCAACAUAAGCAACAUAAGCAACACAAACAACAUAAGCAACAACAACAACUUCCUUAGUCAUUUCCAAAGCGCUGAGCCCGUGUCUCUGUUGUCAACGGGUCAGCCGCCCGCCUCGCCCGUCACGCUGGCUCAACCGCGACCCGAAUCCGAAAGGCUCACCAAUGAGUAUGUGGACACGCCGCUGCAGCAUGCAACACGCAGCCAGCAUCCGGCUGGCCAGCAGGAUAACGGGCAGACGACCACGCAUCAUCUGCUGCUGCUGCCGCAGCGACAUCAGCAGCAUCAACAGCGGCGUCAGCGACGGCAACAGCAGCAGCAGCGGCAGCAACAGCCACAGCAGCCCCAUCACAUUAAUCGAUUGGCGGCGGCGGCGGCAGCGACGGCAACGCCCAUGUCGACGUCGUCGUCGGCGGCAGCGGCAGCAGGCAUCGAUGGCUUAUUACAUUCGCAUUUGCAACAUUUACCCGCGCACCAGCAACACCACCAGCAGCACCUGCAGCACCUGCAGCACCACCAACCGCAUCAGUUAAAUGGCCAAACCAAAGCAACACCCGCCUCAAAGUUUGCACCGCCAGCACCACCGCGGCUUGGCUUUGCAACGGCGGCAGCGGCGGCGGCGGCAGCUGGACAGAUGCAGCCACCCAUUACCAAGCAGCCCGGCAGCAAGGAGCAUAUGCAGGAGCUGCUGCAGCAGCAACAGCAGCAGCAGCAGCAAAUGCUGCCCGGCAGCGGCGGCCAGCUGGGCGCCUCCAUUGUCAUGGGCGGCGAUCCGUCGCUGCUCAAUCCAAUCGUUUGUCCACGCUGCGGCCUCUGCCGCUGCGAGCAGUGCCAAAGUCCGCGUCCGCUGCCCCAGACCUGGGUGUGCAACAAGACGUGUCUGUGCAGCGCCGAGUCGAUCAUCGACUAUGCCUCGUGCCUCUGCUGCGCCAAGGCGCUCUUCUACCAUUGCGCGCGCGACAACGACAUGGACUGCGACGACGGCACUGGCACGCCCUGCGUCGACAAUCCCUGUUCCUGCGGCCCCUACAAGCGCACGCAGCGCUGGGGCUGGCUGGGCGCCCUGUCCAUUGUGCUGCCCUGCCUCUGGUGCUACUGGCCGAUGCGCGGCUGCAUCAAGCUGUGCGAGAAGUGCUACGCGCGCUUCGCUGGCCGCGGCUGUCGCUGCCAGGGCAACAUUGGCAGCGACGCGGCCAUCGGCUCCACCAGCAGCAUGAUGCCCAUUGUGCCGCUCGCCGGCGGCGGCGUUGGCGGCGGCCUCAACAACGGCGGCUCCAUUGGCGCGGCCAACGCGGCGCUGCAAUCGAAUGGCAAAGGCUUCGAUCAUGGCUGCAGCGCGGCCAGCAGAAUUCUGCGCAAAGGCGAUCUAACGCCAGAGAAGCGACUGCUCGACUCGAGUCCAGACUACUAAAGUGAAGAGAGAGAGCGAAGGAGGGAGGCAGGCAAAGGGCAAGAGAACGUGAGAGCGUGAGAGCGUGAGAGCGUGAGAGCUGGAGAGCCAGAGAGCGUAAGCGUUUUGUGCGCGUUUUUUGCCGCGCGUAAAAAACGCGACACAGACAGGAGUUAGUUGGAGAGUGCGGAGAGUUUGGAGAGCUGCAAAAUGUAUA